UCCUAUACAUUUGAAGUCUCUCUUAUUUAUACAAUUCUACAUUUCACUUACGUAUGCAAUUCUAUCUGUCCCUCAGGAGAAGAGACCUAGACUUGUUAUGGUAAAGGAAAAAGCCCCCUUAAUUAUUCCAGAUGUUUUCUCGUCUGCACAUUUUUGCCACGUAGGCGCUUUUUACACAGUAGCCUUCGACCAUAAUGGAAGAUUAAAUAGAUAUAUAAAUGACAAGAUUCUCCUUGAUUAUACUUGAUUAAUUCAGAUCUUUAACAAUAAAAAUCUUCUUCAGCUUUUAUCUUCUAUCCUGACUCUUAUAAUCAGUUUCUAACAGAAACACUCAGAAUAAAGUGAGAUGAUCUGCUGAUGAUCCUGAAUGUCUUGUUGAAUGAGUGUUGAUCGUCUGAGACUCAUCAAUAUUAACAGCUGCUGAAAACACUCUUUAUUUCAUGUCAAUAGUUCCUGUUUUCACCUCCUUUAUUAUGCUGAUGUCUUCAAUGAAAGCAGCUUUAAGUGGCAAUUUACAGGAGAUCUGGUGUCAAUACUGAGGCUAUUUGUUACAAAUCUGUAGGCUAUUUCAUACCUUUAUAUAUCUAUAGCUGUGAAAACAAUCUGCAGUAAGUGAUAUAUUUUAUUUAUUUUGGCAGAUCAGCUCCUCAAAUGCUGCAAUUCACCUUCAAUGAAGCUCCUCCCCCAGAAAACAUCAUCAUCAGUGAAGCUCCGCCCACAGUAAUUCAGCAAUAAAUGCUGGAAUAUUCCCAUCAGUUUACAAGUGAAGACGAGCAUCAGAGCAUCAGGAAGAGCUGAAAUCUGCAGAGACUGAGUUUAUUAAAGAGGACAGAGAGAAGAUGAGAGAUCCAGAACCCUGCAGAAUCAAACACACUGAAGAUACUGAACAACAAACAGAGUUGACUGAAAAAAACAAAGAGAAAGAAGAACUGAGUGAAGUUGAGGAGAAAAAUCAUGUCAAAACUGGAGAAAAACCCUCGAGUUGCUUUCAAACCAAACAGAAAGAUUUAAAGAAAAGAAGAACCAAGAAAUCUUUCACCUGCACUCAGUGUGGAAAGAGUUUCUCACGCAAAAAUAAGCUUAAUGUUCACAUGAGAGUUCAUACUGGAGAGAAACCGUUCACUUGUGAUCAGUGCGGGAAGAGUUUCUCACAAUCAGCACAUCUUAAGAAACACAUGAACAUCCACACUAGAGAGAAACUGCACACAUGUGAUCAAUGCGGGAAAACAUUUUGUGGGCUUCAAACCUGAAGACACACCUGAGAGUUCAUUUAAAGGAGAAGCCACAUUCAUGUUAUUUGUGCGGAAAGAGUUUUUCACGUCUACAAAAUUUGAAAAAACAUCAGAAAAUACACACUGGUGUGAGAGAGUACAUGUGCUUUGAGUGUGAAAAGACUUUUACUACAGUGAGCCGUUUAAAACUGCACCAGAGGAUCCACACUGGAGAGAAACCUUACAAGUGUUCACACUGUGACAAG